AUGGGGGGUAAUAAAAGUAAGAACAAACCAAAAUCACCUAAACGUAAAACUCCAUCACCAACUCCAUCGCCAACUCCAUCACCAACUCCAUCACCAACUCCAUCACCAACUCCAUCAAAUAGAAAUGAUGAAAAUAAAUAUGAUCCAGAACCUGCAGAUGCAUUCGAAGAUUCACAAGAAGAACGACCUAAAAUGAAUGAAGUAUAUUCAAAUAAAAAUCAACCACCAACACGUCAUUCUUCAGGAAUAUUAAUUGAUAGUCGCAAAAAAACAUCGGCUGCUAAUCGAGAAUCAACAUUGACUCCUCAUACAUCAUUGCCACUUCAAAAUCAAACACCAUUAAUACCUGAUACAACAGUAGGUACAGGACAAAGGAAUGCUUCGCUCCACAGCCCGAAAUAUCAAGGUUCUCUUAACCCAAAUAAUAGUGAUAGUGAUGACAAUGAUUAUAAAUCAAAAGGUGAUCAUAAUGGAGUCGGUGAAAAUCCCACUACGACUGGAAAAUUUCAUAGAUCAUCGGCAAAUCCGCGAAAAUCUUCAACUCUAUCAAGACGCAGUGAUAUAGAUACAAACAGAAAAACUCCCACAACACCAAUUCAGCCUUACUUUUGUCCUAAUUGUCACCAAUCAAUGCCGACUACUACUAGUAAGAAACUUGAAACUCCACAACCACCAUGGAUUAUGGAAGCUCCUCCAACAACUAAAAAACAUAUCGACAUGGAUAAAUAUGAUGAAGAAACUAUGCAACAAAACAUUACUUCAAAAUAUCGUCGUCUUCCAGGUAGUUAUGAUUAUUUUCCUAAUAUAGUCAUUGAUGAACGAGAAGGUGAUGAUGAUAAAGCAAAUGACUAUAUUAAACAAACUACUAUUACUAGACAUGGAUCAUCUAUUUCACCAACACAUACUCCAUAUCCAAAUUAUGAUCUAUUACGACGUCAUGAACAUCGUUUAAAUAAACCUUUUACAUCAAAAUCAUUUAUUGACUAA